CACGGGAACGCGCGUCCACGACCUUCCAAGCGCACUCCCGGGCCGUGUCUCCUUCAGCUGUGUCAGAGGAGCAGGUUGGUGUGUGAGGUUGAGCUUCCCCGCUCUGGCGCGUCUCUGCUCCUCCGGCUGAAAUGGGAUUUGUGCGUUCCGAGUGGACACCGACCGGCUCCUGCGCUCCUGCUUCUGUCCGCCUUCUGGUCUCCUUCAGCCGGGGAAACCCUGCAGCGCAAGUGUGAGCGCUUACAUCCGCACCGAACAGCGUCUCUCUCCCUCCCUGUGAAGCCCGUUUGUUUCCCGACGCUUCAUUUAUGGACUAAAGAAGCUCCGAGUGAGCGUGUUUGUAAUUUCCGUUCACACAGCUGAAGAUGGAGACGAUGAUGGAGAGGGAGUGCAGCGCGCUGGGGGGGCUUUUCCAGACUGUCAUUGGAGACAUGAAGGGCAGUUACCCCGUCUGGGAUGACUUCAUCAGCAAGGCCAACAAACUACAGUCACAGCUAAGGACGACGGUUGUCGCUGUAGCAGCCUUCCUGGAUGCCUUUCAGAAGGUGGCCGACCUGGCAACCAACAGCCGAGGGGGGACCCGGGACAUCGGUUCAGCCCUCACCAGGAUGUGCAUGAGGCAUCGCAGCAUCGAGGCCAAACUACGCCAGUUCUCCAUGGUGUUUCUGGACUGUCUGAUCAACCCUCUACAGGAGCAGAUGGAGGAGUGGAAAAGAGUCGCCAACACUCUGGAUAAAGACCAUGCCAAAGAGUACAAGAAAGCCCGUCAGGAGAUCAAGAAGAGAUCAUCAGACACUCUAAAGCUGCAGAAGAAAGCUAAGAAAGCUGAUGUUUUCGGCCGUGGAGACCUGCAGCCCCAGCUGGACAGCGCCAUGCAGGACGUCAGCGAUAAGUACCUGCUGCUGGAGGAGACGGAGAAGCAGGCGGUGAGGAGAGCGCUGGUGGAGGAGAGGAGUCGCUUUUGCUGCUUCGUGUCCAUGCUGCGGCCUGUCGUGGAGGAGGAGAUGUCCAUGCUGGGGGAGAUUACACACCUCCAGACGCUGACAGACGACCUGAAGAUGCUAACCAUGGACCCACACAAGCUGCCCGCUUCCAGUGAGCAGGUAAUCGUAGACCUGAAGGGCUCCGAGUGCACCUGGUCCUACCAAACUCCUCCCUCGUCACCAAGCACCACCGUAUCCAGGAAGUCCAGCAUGUGCAGCAGCCUGAACAGCGUGAACAGCAGCGACUCUCGCUCCAGCGGCUCACACUGUCACUCCCCGACCUCCCACUUCCGUUAUCGCGCCUCCUCCUCCUCUUCCUCCUCAGUGCUGCCCCAGCAGACACCUGCCCGCCUCUCUUCAAUCUCCUCACACGACUCUGGCUUCAUCUCUCAGGAUGCCUACCAGUCCAAAUCCCCUUCACCGAUGCCCCCAGAGACCCUGCAGUUGACAAAUGGUUUUGACCAUCACGGAGCCCAGGACCCCCACCUCCACCCUUCAUACUUCUCCUACUCCUCUCCCACCACCACUACCACCACCUCUCCCAUCUCCUCGCCCUCCUGUUCGUCCGUUUCACCCACGUGGCCGUGGUCUCGCUCAGGCUGCGGCCAAUCAGGAGAGUUCCUGCCUCUCAGCCCCUCGGGGCUUGGAGUGAUCCCAUCAUCCAGAGUCCCGUCCUGGAAGGAUUGGGCCAAACCAGGCCCGUACGAUCAGCCCAUGGUUAAUACCCUGAAGAGGAGCAAGGACAGGAGAGAGACUACAGAUCCCAGCAGCCACCAGGGUGCUGAUGUCACCACACCAGGAGAGGAGCCAAACAGGGGCAAAGGAAACAAUACCUCAUCAUCCCCCAAGGUGGACAGGGAGACCCGUGAGGAGCUGGCCAGAGCUCUGGCCCGCGGCCUCCAGCUGGACAUCCACGGCUCCAGCAGAGAUUCCCUGCAAGGCUCCAGCGGCUACAGCAGCCAGACCAACACACCCUGCUGCUCAGAGGACACCAUCUCCUCACAGGUAUCGGACUGUGACUACUACUCUGUGGGAGCAGAUCAGGAGGUGGAGCAGCAGUCCUCAGACUUUGAUAAAUCCUCCACCAUCCCGAGGAACAGCGACAUCACCCAGUCCUACCGCCGCAUGUUUCAGUCUAAACGCCCUGCUUCCACUGCUGGCCUGCCUUCCAACCCCUCUGCUGUAAUCACCCCGGGGGUUGCUACUAUCAGACGGACACCGUCCUCCAAACCCAACUUGCGACGACCAUCCGGGGGCCUCAACCUGGGCCCCAUCCCCAUCAAGCCCCCCAUGAUCCCAGUUAAGACUCCCACUGUGCCUGAACACCCUGGAUUCCCCAGCAAAGCAGCGUCAGAAGACGGCAACACCCCGCGGACCCCGCUAAGCCCGGCCACCACUCCUCUGUCACCAGGCAGCAACGGGUCAUUGUCACCAAAGUCUGCCCCUUGGGAGAUCCAGCACAUGGGCAAGGGAUCGGAUCCUCCAACCCCACCUCCACAGCCCAGCGGUCGGUCAUCAGAGUGGGAGCGUCGACCCCUCCCAGAGCUCUUGGAGGAAACAGAAUACGCUGAGGUGGAGGACUUUCUGGUGGCCAUCCGACGAGGCGUCAAGCUCAAGAAGACGACAACCAACGACCGAUCAGCACCAAUGAUUCACUGAGACUGCGAAGGUUGGUUCGACAUGAGCCAUUUUGUGUCCCUGGCUGAAAAUACUGUUGGAAGGGACACAAAAUGGUUAAUGCUAAGUAAAAGCAAAUAGCUAUGACAUCAAAUGGAUGCCAGUAACAGGAGGAAGUUGCCCAGAGACUCUGAUUGAGGAUCAUUUUAGAAAUCUUGUCUUUUAGCAGCGAUUACAAAAAAAUGUGCAUUUUCUCAGUUUGGCCAAAGAGUAAUAAUAUUUGCAUUUAAAUCAAACAAAGACCGAGUCCAUUGUCAGCUGGGAUCGCCUCCAGCCUCUCCUGCACAGGUGCAUACGGAGAAAUUUUAAGUAAACUUUCCACAAAGUGUUGACUGGACUCUUUAAGCACAUCUCCCUUUAAAAAUCAGUUCUAGUUCCUGCGCGAGGCCGAGCCAGGAACUCUGAUCCGAGAUCGUUUCCUCAGGGCAACUUCGAUAACAGAGCGAGGGAGACGGGAUCAUCCUGACGACCGAGAGACGCCUGGACAAGGUCGACCUUGUAGCAGGAAAAAAGAGGCUUAAAUGAAAUGAAAUCCUAAUGUUGGGGAGAAGUGAAGGUAGAA